CGCCUGAGAACAGGUCUGGUCCGUACAGUCGCUCGCUCGGGCGGAGUCGGCACUGUAGGAGCGCGGACGAGCGUCUUCUUUAAGUUUCAAAAUAAGUGCAAAACGCUGUUCGGAGGGGAAUUUACUCGGCUUGUGGACGUUAUUUCGUCGAAAAACGCCGUUUGGAGAGGAUUUGGUCGAGACUCGGCGGUUGUGGAUUCGUCAGGAGAGCUAUAUUUGAGAGCUAACGCGGCUAGCUAGGCUAGCUAACUGCCGUUUUUACGGGAAGGAAGGAUUUUCGAGGGCCAGCUCUGACCGGACCGCUGCGAGUUUCCGAAGUCGUGGUUGCAUUAGCCAAAGCACUGGAGCAGAUCUUUCACAGAUGGGAAAAUUGUGUGUGAAGCACCGUGAAGGUGCUCUGGAUCACUGGAGAAUCAGUUUUACCUAAAGGACGACUCACUGAGUGAGAUACUACAGUAUGUUGAAGCACUAAGUGCAUAGGUUUCAGAGGAAGGCAUUUAUCACCAUUGGUAGAUAUUUUGUCAUAUGAAUAAAGUGGUUUGUAAAGAACUUGUGGAACGAAAGUAACUUUUCGGAGAAAACAUUUUUGACAUAAAACCAGAAUAAAUAAUAAGAUAUCAAGAUGAGCGCAGAAGGAUAUCAGUACAGAGCACUAUAUGACUACAAGAAGGAGAGAGAGGAGGACAUUGAUCUUCAUGUUGGAGACAUUCUCAUUGUGAGUAAAGGGGCCCUCCUAGCACUUGGCUACAGUGAAGGUCUGGAAGAGAGACCUGAGGAGAUAGGCUGGCUGCCUGGUUAUAAUGAAAUGACUCAGGAAAAAGGAGACUUCCCUGGUACUUAUGUGGAGUUCAUUGGCAAAAAGAAGAUUUCUCCUCCAACCCCAAAACCAAGACCCCCCAGGCCUUUGCCCGUGGCUCCAGGACCAGCCAAGAAUGACUCGGACUCCGAACAAGGAGGUCCCAGCACCCUGCUAGAUUUGACCGAGCAGUUUGCUCCUCCGGAGAUUGCCCCACCCAUGCUGCUUAAACUGCUCGAGGCUAUAGAGAGGAAAGGUCUGGACAACCCUACUCUCUACAGAAACUUCACUGCUGGAGGAGGACUGGAUGUUCGACAGUGCUUUGAUGGUGACCCACCUUCCAUGGAUCUGGAGCAGCUGGACUUGCAGACAUUGUGUGAUGGUCUGAGAAGAUACCUGCUGGACUUGCCUCAGCCAGUCAUCCAUUCUGCCAUCUACAAUGACAUGGUACACAUUGUUCAAGAGGUGCAGGGCUCAGAGGAGUGUGCACAGCACCUGCGGAGGGUUGCCAGUUCCUCAGCAAUGCCACCUCAGUACUGGCUGACGCUGCAGUGCUUUCUAAGGCACCUUGCUCAUGUAUGCCAGGCAUCUGCUGUCAACCUGCUGAAUGCCCGUGCCCUUGCCGAAAUCUUCAGCCCCACGCUGUUCAGACAGCAAGCCUCCAGCUGUGAGCCCAACCCUGAGUCCCACAUUAGGAUCCUUGAGGUCCUGGUGACCAGCGAAUGGAGCAGCAGCCAGGCAGCUCCAGCACUACCUCCAAAGCCACCCAAACCAACCCCUGUGACUAACAACGGUAUGAACAACAACAUGGCUCUUCACGAUGCUGAAUGGUACUGGGGCGACAUCUCAAGGCAAGAGGUCAAUGAGAAGCUGAGAGACACAGCUGAUGGAACCUUCUUGGUCCGCGAUGCCUCCACCAAAAUGCAUGGGGACUACACCCUCACUCUGAGGAAAGGAGGUAAUAACAAGCUGAUCAAAAUUUUUCAUCGCGAUGGGAAGUAUGGGUUUUCAGAUCCUUUGACUUUCAACUCAGUGGUUGAGCUGAUCAACCACUAUCGGCACGAAUCCCUUGCCCAGUACAAUCCCAAACUAGAUGUGAAACUGCAGUAUCCUGUGUCCAAGCACCAACAGGAUCAAGUGGUGAAGGAGGACAAUAUUGAAGCUGUGGGCACAAAAUUGCACGAGUACCACCAGCAGUUCCAGGCGAAAAACAAAGAGUACGACAGACUGUAUGAGGAGUACACUAGAACGUCACAAGAAAUUCAAAUGAAAAGGACUGCAAUUGAAGCUUUUAAUGAGACCAUAAAGAUUUUUGAGGAGCAGUGUCAAACGCAAGAACGCUACAGCAAAGAGUACAUCGAGAAGUUCAGGAGAGAAGGCAACGAGAAAGAGAUCCAGAGGAUCAUGGUGAACUACGAGAAGCUAAAAUCGCGCAUCAGUGAAAUUGUGGACAGUAAACGUCGCUUGGAAGAAGACCUGAAGAAGCAAGCAGCAGAGUACAGGGAAAUUGACAAGAAGAUGAACAGCAUCAAGCCUGAUCUCAUCCAGCUCAGGAAGACUAGGGAUCAAUACCUCAUGUGGUUGACACAGAAAGGAGUCAGACAAAAGAAGCUCAACGAGUGGCUUGGAAUCAAGAAUGAGAACCAGGAAGAUCAAUACGCAAUGGUGGAGGAUGACGAGGACUUGCCACACCAUGAUGAGCGUUCCUGGAAGCUCGGGAACAUUAACCGCAUCCAAGCUGAAGCGCUGCUGCGGGGCAAGAGAGACGGCACAUUCCUGGUCCGAGACAGCAGCAAACCUGGCUGCUACGCUUGCAGUGUUGUUGUGGAUAGCGAGGUCAAACACUGCGUCAUCAACAAAACACCCACAGGCUUUGGCUUUGCCGAGCCCUACAACCUGUACGGCUCGCUGAAGGAACUGGUCUUGCACUACCAGCACACGUCUCUCGUACAGCACAAUGACUCUCUGAAUGUCACGUUAGCAUACCCAGUCUACGCACACCAGAGGCGAUGAGGACUAGUGAACAGAACUCUCUCGGGACUCUUUCACAGAGAAUGGGAGUUUAGACGAGGGCCUCAUCUUGCAUGGCAAUGCCUCCACUUUGGCUUCAGGACGGAGGGCUGUUUUGUUCGCCUCUGAGCAGGCCAUCUGCGGGCGAUAAAACCCAAACCCCGAAAAAAAAAGACGUUUGAGCCACUGAGACUCAGGAGUGGUGGCGAGCAUUGAAUGUAGUUUUCUUCUUUGAGUGGAAACUGCUGAACUUUUAUUUCUCUCCCAAAGUGGAGGACUUUGGAGGCCUUUUCCAAAUGGUGCUUGAUCAUUUCAAAGCUUUACUUGCUGCUGGAAUGUGGAAAGCUGUUGACGUUAACCUCUGGAGUGCAUCCUUUUUUUCUCUUUUUUUUAUUUUUUAUUUUAUUUUAUUUUAAUGCUACCCGGAGCCCUAACCCAACCCUUACCCACCUGUUCAUUGUGGGUUUACCCUUCCCUCUGUAUGUGUGAGAUGUGGUGUGUGUGAGUGAGUGAGUGUGUGCGCGCGCGUGUGUGUACGUGUGGACGUGAUGUGACCAAAACUCACAGUAUAUGAAAGCUAUUCAUGAUUGGGGUGUUCAAUGUGACAUGAGAGAGAGACUUGGAUUAUGAACAGACCAUGGAAUCAGCUGAUCAAUGUAGCAAGAUGGCACUUUCGAAACAGUAUAUUCUUUAUUUUCACGUUUUAAGGACACGUUGUACGAACAAUUGAACGUCACAUCUUUAAGGAACGAAAAAAGCAAACAAAGACAAGAAGACAGGAUGUGUGGCAUUUCCUUUGUAAGCAUUACAGUGACAAACUCUACUCCAUCUCUCACCUUUACGGACUAGCAAAGCAAGUUAAAGGACCUGAAAUGGACAUCCUUCAUGUUGUUGUACAUAAGGACAUCAUCAAAAAAGAACAUAUGUGAUGAAACCAUAUUGUACCAAAAAAAUGCUCAGUUCCUUCUCAGUUGUAUUCUAAUCUGCUAUGCAAAUUCUGUAUCUCCCUUACUUUUCUGCAAAGUUGUGAUUUUAUUUUACAUGUUGCUACCCAUAAUAUAAUUUUUUUUUUUGUUUGUUUUUAACGCUUGAAUUUUUUUUAUGACAGUAAGAGGAUAUUUUAAGUGUCAAAACGUACGCCAACAGAGAUGGCUUCAGUUUUACAACAGAAAUUAUGCUUUAUUACAGAUUUCUUUAUCAGCAGCUGGUUAAAUGAAAGAAGAGUAUUUUAUUAGUCUUUUUCACUUAAAGCAUUUUCCUAGGCAGAGCCUGGAGGACUUUAGUGCUGCUUCUGUCAGUAGUACCAGUGAUCUCUUUAUCUUUCAGUGCAAAGAAAUUUCUGAUCUUUUCAAUCUCUGAAAUCUGAAGAAUUCAUAUCGGAAAACACAUUAGGCUGUAGUUUACUGUUUCAAAAUCCAUGGCAGAAGUUUUUUUUUAUUAUUGAGAAUUAAUUUUCCACAAAAAAAAAAGAGCAAAGUGAUUUGAUCCUCUGGAAUGAUGGAAAUUGUGAUGACCCACUUUUGAUGGCGAAAGAGUUAACAACCCCUUCAUUCCUUACCAACAUAGUAUUUUUUUCUGUAUCAGAAAACCCUUACUAGUGUUUACAUGGAUGGAUCAACUCAUUUUGACUUGUAUCUAAUACUACUCUUGUUCUCUUGUUUCUCACAAAAUGCUGAUGAAUGCUAGCUCAACCAACUGAAGAAAAACUUUUCCCCCCCUUUAUUGCUCCCCAGCUUGAUGGCCACAAUUGUCACUUGUCUUUUUAUUAACUACUCAUCAGGAAUUACAGUAUUCUAAGCUUUAUGACUGGUGAAAUCUGUUUGGCAUAGAGCUUCGCCUCCAGCUUGAGUUGUGUCUUUAUUGCAGAUAUGCAUCCAAUGAUAAUUUCUUUCAUAAAUAAACAUCAUUGUGACACAAGUAAUCAGCUUGAUAACUCGUUAAUGAGCGUUAUUUGUUCUGUAGCUCGCUCUUCUGUUAGCCAGUUUUUGCCACCAAAGCCAGGUCAGUGCUAAAGUGAUUUGAUUCCUUGUUUAAACUAGGCCUGAUUGCCUUAAAACAAGUUCCUUAUUAUUAAUAGUUUUUUUAAAAAUACCUUAGGGCAGCGGCACUGUUAAAUGUGUUAAAAUAAUGAUUGAUUUCUCUCCGCUAACCUUUAGGAACUUUUCAGUUAGAUUUUAAGAAGAGCUCCUGUAGGUCCCCAAUGUUUUUGUUUUUCAAAUGUCAAAAAAGCAGCAAUAGUUCUGUAGGUGGUUCAGUCAGUUCCCAGGGACUAGCUAACUUGUUUUCUUUUUUUCCCAAGUUAAGACAGAAAAGUGUUAAAUGUUGCACAGUUAAUUGUUGCCUUUUUCAUAGUUCUCAUUUUCUUUUAAUACAUGAACAACAAAUGAACCUAAUAUUGGCUUAACUGUCUCAAAUACAAUUUUUUCCCAUAAAUUUUGCCUUUUCAAAACAAGAUAUUAAAAUUCGGAAUAGAAGCCCAAUUUCCCGAAAGUACUGUAUAAUAUUUUAAAGCAUCUUAAACGUAAGGCACCUUGUUCAAAGUGAUACUUGUUCUGUCAUCUGGCAGCGAGUGAUUUUCAUGCUAGAGUUCGUUAAGAAAAUCCCCCGAGUUCUUCCCCUUUAUCUCAUUCUGUGAGAAUCGCAUCAUUUGUAAACCAAAUGGCUCUCAAAAGAAUACUUGGUACGAAAUCGGGUGAGCUUCUUCAUUUGUCAGAUCAGAUUUUAUUUUUAUGUUUUUUUGUCUUUUUUUUUAUUGUGAGCAUGUCUUUUUCUUUUCUUUUCUUUUUUUAAUCCCCCUGGCCAUGAGGCCUCACACUGUAAUGCUGUCUGCGGCAGAGCUGCUGCUGUUACUGCAGUCAGUGCUGCAGUUCUAAAAGUCUGAUUCCCCCUUUGAAUCUGUAUGCCAUUGAUUUACAGACAAUUGUAACCACAAUACUAACAUUGAGAUUAACCAGUGUGUCCCGGUUCUAAAACCUCUACAGACCUGUACUGGCUUUGUUUAAAAAGAGAAUAAAAUAAGUGUUUUAAGAAAAUAAAA